GGUUUUUUCGGAAAUCUAUUGUUAGAAAUGAAGGUGGAGGAAAGUACGUUUUUUUCUGCGAGAAAAGAAGUGGUGCAAGGUAUAACUUUUGUCGCUUUAAAUCCUCAAAAUUCAAACUUUGUUGUACUUGUUUUCUGCUAAGAGAAGUGAGUGAGGGACGAUGUCCAAGUCUUGCAAAGGGUUGGCCGCGGAGCUAGUCAAGUGUCUAAGUGAAUCUGAUUGUAUUAAGGUUGAGAAGAGAUCAUAUCGGGAAUGUGUUGGAGAGAAGAGUCCAUGUAUACCCAAUGAGUGUGUGGGACUCAGGGAAACCUAUUUCAAUUGCAAGAGAGGCCAGGUUGACAUGAGAGCCAGAAUUCGUGGAAACAAGGGUUAUUAAUGAUCCCAUCAUCCAUUGGAAAACGCAGUAUUUGUUCUGUCCAGUUCAGGUUCUUUCAACUUUUAGCUCAAGAUGAGGUCAACCCAAGUAAAAGAUGAAGGUGAAGCACAAAAAUUGAAGGCCUUAUUAAUUGUUUGGUUUGAUGGCAUGGUAGCACCACACAUCUGCAUGACUGCAAUAGUUUGGCUUUUAGAGAGAUCAUUAAAAUAAACUCUAUCUAGUAUUAACAUAGCAGGACAUGUACAUUCAUCUACACUCUUGAAUUAUAGUCUUCUCUUCUUAUGAUAGUUCCUAAAGUAGGAUGUGAUUUGAAUUCUGUGCAUCACCAUUUCACCCAUUCACAGUUCAACAGUAAAUUUUGGAUCAGUAGUGUCUCUCAAGUGUGCCUCCAAGUUAUAUUGAUUUUGAUAUUUAAAACAUAUUACAGGUAUGUUUAAUGUAUCAAAAUCGGUGUAAUUUGGAGACAUAGCUGAGGAAUAUAAAAAAGCCAGUACAGAAGUUGGGACUUUCAAGAAUUUGGAUUCUCUACUGAUUUUUUUGUAAUGUUCUCCUAUUGAGUCCGUAAAAUACACUAAUGGACACUGAUUUUGAUGGUUUAAAAUAUAUUAAAAACCAUUUUAAUAUACUAACGUCAGUGUAUUUUGAAGGCUCAAUUGAGCAACAUUACCAUAAACUCCGCAGAUAAUCUGGACUCGACUUGCAAUGAAUUUAGAUCUGUCUAUUUAAUUUUUCUCAUAAGUAUAUUUUACCAUUUUUUUUAUGAAUUUUCAA